AUGGAUUACCCCAGAACACCCUCUUCCAAUGACAUCCUCACCAAUCCCAACUCCCUUACUCCCCUCAGAUCCAUCAUCCCAACCAUUCCAUCUUCAUUUCUUCUAUCCCUCAACCCUUUCUCGCCUUCAUCUACCGAGAUGGCUGAACCCGAGCCCAGUUCGAAUUCGGAGCCCGCUCCAUCGUCGAUCAUGGGUCCUCGACCAUCGUCAAGCGACGACGCCCUCAAAAAUGGCAAUCCCACCUCGAACGCGUCUCAAUUCGACGCUGGAAGCGCCACGACCGCCCUUGACAGUGGCGACAGCUCUGGAGCAUCUACCAAAGCAACGGGUACUCGCGACCCCAUCGACUCGAAGGCAGGGGCAGCAGAAACUUCCGAGAAACCUGCAGCCAUGGACCCUUCUGCUAUUGCGGACGCAGAGCACGAAGGUGAAAAGGUAGAUGAAAAGGCAGAUGAAAAACCCGUGCCCCCCAAAAAAGGCAUCUUGGCCAGCGCCGCCCGCCGCGCCGGUAUUGGUGGCGCAGACCCCUCCUCGUCCAAGGCCCAACGAAGAGUCGGAUUCUCAGAUGAGAUCGGAAUACGAAUUAUCAAAGAACCCAAGCCCGACCUCAAGGAGAGAUGGCACGACUUCCGCGUCAAGGUCAAAGAGUUCCUCAAAGAAGCCUAUGGCCCCAUCCCCAUGCCGCCGCCCGAGGAGGAAGACAUCCUCUUCCUCAACAGACCGGGUAAUUGCCAACCGGACUACGAUCCACCCAGGAGGGCGGCCAUUGAGAGCCUCUCCCUCGAGGAGCUCGCCGCUCGUAUCUACCCAUUGAAAUUCCUCGCAGAGGGCCGCUUCUGCCGCGUGUAUUCGAUUACGGAUCCCAAGGACCGUCCACAGAUCCUCAAAGAGUUCAUCUUUUGGGGAAAGUGGCUCCUCGAGGGUCCCAAAGAGGACCAGGCUCUUGCGCGACUCAUCGCCACUGUUCCUAGACCUCGAGGACUGCUCAGCGACCGCGACUUGAAGAAAUUCUUCCCUCUGGUCUUCAAUGACCCUGAAGUUCCCACUUACACUCCUGUCAACGGCAUCGUCCUCGACCGCAUCCGCCCCACGUCUGAGGAAUACAGGGUUCACAUCAUCAAGCGCCUUGUGGCGCCUGACCUUCAGGCCUCCGCCAUCAGCGAUCCCGCGAACCAGUACUGUCUGCUCGAUCUCUGGCUCGGUGCGCUCGAUGCCGGCAACCCCACCAACCAAACCGUCGGCCAGCGCUCCCUCGGCCUGAACCAGAUCCGCGCGGAGAUCGGCGACAACGGCGCCAUUAACGCGGCCGAGACAAUGGCCAUCGCCCUCGCCAUCCUGCACUGGGGCCUCAACUUCGACGGCUACGGCGUCCGCUUCCUCGUCGGGUGCCAGCUGUCCCCAGAUCAUCGCCCUGUUUACCUGUCUCACGUCAACGGCUUCAAGACCUUCGUUCCCACCGUCGAGAACGUCCGUGAGAUCCUCGUGCCUUUGUACAUCAGAAACAGGGCUUGGCCGCGCCCCGCCAUUGAGGGAUUCGAGGGCGAGAUGUGGCGCGCUUUUCGCAGGCUGUAUAUCGACUUUUCGUUGUACAUCAUCUACCGCGAGCGUCGCACCAUGACUGUGAAGGACUAUGCUGCACGCUGGUGGCUCGCUGGUUUCUUCAUUCGCUGCAUUGAUCGAAACAUGAUCCCCGAGCCCAGGCUGGACAACAAGCACCUGCCUCUGCCUCACAAGCCGUACCGCCGGAGCGCGUAUGACCAGUACCGCGAGUUUGGCCCCAAGCCACAGAUCGGAUCGGGCCAGGAAACCGAGGGUGAACCGAGCUACAAGCCCACCUCGAAAGACGGUCCUCCGCGUAAGUGGGGCUCAAGAUGGCGAUGUGGCCCUGACGGCCAAGGUGAUGUUCCCAAGAGUAUCGAUUUUGUACUUCCGGAUCCUGGUGAGGCUCAACAGCGUGAGGAGGAUGCGGGCAAGAGUGGAAACGGUAAACGGCUUCAAAUUGAAGGUGUAAACGCGGACAACAGCGAGAACGACAACGGCGAGGAGGAGAACGGCAAGGAGGAAAACGGCAAGGAGGAGGGCGGCAAGGAGAACCACGAUCAGGAGAACGGCAAGCAGGAGAACGACAAGGCGAAGAACACAGAAAUCUAA